UCCUCAUAAAAAAAAAGAAAAAAAAAAAAGGUCAUCAAGUACCUAGGUAUACAAUUGUCAGCAGUAUACAAUACUUGGUUCCCAGUACCUAACUUGUGCUGUUUUCCCCUGCCAUUGCACGGAACUCGUAGUGACAGUGGGGCGUUGGAGACGGGAAGUGUUUAUGUAAGCGAACUCGCAAAAUUUCCUGUCGCAUCAGAUCACGAGUUUUCGAGACUUUGUUGGCUCGAGUCCCUCCUGUGAUAUCCCAUCGCAAGCUAAUUAAAGUCGGGAGAUAAUAGAAAGUAAAGAAGAAAUAUCUGAAGGCUUUCUUCAUUAUUUUCUAAUAAAAACAAAAUACAACAAAAAAAAUGGCACCGAACUCCAGAGCUCGUCAAGCCGAAGCUGAAGCGGCCGAUGCUGUGAUGGACGACGCGCCCACUUCGGCGCAGGUCGAGGACGAGGCUCAGGAUGAGUUUGAGGAGGCAGAGGAGGAAGAGGAAGAAGAGCAGCGGGUCAAGAUGCUUCCCGGAUCGACAGAAACUGCUGCCUCGUUUGAAUUUCUCAAGGAGGGACACACCAUGGGUAAUGCCCUGCGGUAUAUCAUUAUGAAGAACCCUGAGGUUGAGCUUUGUGCAUACGCUAUUCCACAUCCUUCAGAGCACAAGAUGAACUUGAGGAUACAGACCUAUGAGGGCACAACUGCCAUCGAGGCUUUGGAAAAGGGCCUCAAGGAUCUGCAGGAGCUGUGUGAUGUUGUGACCGACAAGUUUACAAUCGCGAGGGAUGACUUUGCAGGACGCAUGGAGAUGGACAGUUGAGCCAAAAGACCCCAAAGGGUUAACAUGGCAGUGACGUCUGCGUGCAUGAAAACGGCGUUCAGAGGCGUAAUUGGGCAGGACUGGCAUGGAAAAAGACAAAAAAGAGACUGUCGCAUUCUUCACACUUGUUUAUGUACAUACGGGCAACAUGCUUUGAUUUGAUACCAAAACCUUCCUUCUUUCUAGUCUAAUUGCGGCCCUAUUGUGGUGUUAGUCUUACCAGAUUCCGGCAUUUGCAAAGACCCAACCAACAAGGUACUUACCUCCAGG